AUGCCAUUGGAUCCUUUAACAGAGUUAACUGGUUCAAAACACUCACUAGCAUUGAAUCAAUCUACUCAAAAACUGAAUGCACACUGUUCAAACAAGAAACAUCAACUGCAUAAGCAUUACAAUUGUCAAACGUCUGGAUUACUGUGCGAUUUGUUAACUGAGAAAGAAACUGAUGUCAGUUCAGUAAAAAAGCAUCAACAUCAUCGUCAUCAUUAUCUGCAUGCCCAACAUCUGUCACAUUCGCAUCAAGUCUCCUCGCAUACUCAUCCUCACCGUCAUCACCACCAUCAUAAUCAUAACAGAAAAGUGUUUGAACAGGAUGGACACUCACAUUUAGUCAAUGCACAACAUGAUUGUCAUGGUGCACAUUUUCCGUUGGAUAAUCAACAUGAUCAUUGUCGUACAAACAGAAUGAGUAGUAAAUUGCAACAAAGGACUCCAUCACAUUCAGGAUCACUAGUCAGAAAUGGUGGACGUACGGUGGUACGAGAUUCUUUACAUAGUAGUGCUGCUAACAAUCCAGGUGGAUUACUUGUUGCGGGAACUGGGACUAAUCUAUCAACCAGUAUGGAUGGAGGUUUACUUAUCAGAGAAAGAAUGCCAAAAAUAUCGAUAGUUUGA